AUGGAAGACGAUCAUAUACAGUCCGGACAAAAAGGUUCCGAUGAGGAACCCGGCGAACCAAUUGACGAAGAAAAUCGAUUUACUUCUUCUUCUGAAGAAGAAUCAACUGAUUCCGAAGCCGCAAAAGAGAUCGCAGAUGGCGAGGAUGAGCUUGAUCUGAUCGAAGAAAACACUGGCGUGAAAAUAGCUCGUAGUGAGCAAAAAUUCAAACGCUUGAAGAGAGGAGUAAGGAAUCCGUCUAAAGAUGUUAAAAAUAUUUUUGAUGAAGACGAAGAAGAAGUUUUGGAAGAAAACGAGGAGGAUUUCGUCGUUUAUGACGAUGGGGAGGACUUCGUCCAAGGUGAAAGACACGCACCGACAUUAUUCGAAGAAGUAUUUAAUGAUCUUGAGGAGAAAUAUGUAUUUGCUUAUGAAAAAAUUGAGGAGCCACCUGAUUUUAAUAUUGAAACAUUGGAAAAAGUAUUUAGCCCAGAAGCUUAUUUAACCCGCAAAGACAAAGAGAUAAAAACUACUGAUUUACCAGAGCGUUUCCAACUUCGACAAGAAAUCAUAGUGAAUCGUAAACUUACAAGAGAAGAAAUCAAUCUAGCAACAGAUAACGUAACAAAGUCUAUUUCAGGAUAUCAUGGAAUUCGAGCUUCGUCGCAUUUAUAUAAGGCCGUGAAAAAUGUCUUAUCAUGUUUUGGUCAGGAAUUUGUAGAAGUUCCAUACAUAUGGACUUAUAAAAAGGAUUUGAUUGCUAAUUAUGAUGAUGAUCCCAUAUCAACGGUCCUUUCUCGAGCUGAUUUAUGGUAUAUUUUUGAUCUCGAAUAUGAUUUCAGAAUCUUUUUGGAAAAGAGAGAUCAGAUAAAUUCAGAAAUUUCUAAGAAUCAUUCCCAGAAUUCUUACAUAUGUAAGAUAUUUUCAGAAGUAAAAGAGAUCGAUGAACUUUAUGAUUUGAACGUGUACAUUAAAUUUCAAGAAAGGAAAGGAACGAUUAGUGUUCAGAGAGUUUCCCCAACUGAGGAGUUGCGCCGUAAGGGUAUGGUAUCAAAGAAUGUUAAAUAUUUGGAAUAUAUUCACAAGGGUCUCCUCAGGGUAGUUGACAAAUUUGGAGUUCAAAUUCCUUCAUUCGUUCAAAGUCUCAUUUCAGAAACAAAACUUCAUCAGCCCGUUAACGAAAAUUUGAUUCCACUGGACAUAAUACGACAAUUCUAUCCUGAAGCCAGAGAUCCUGAAGAAUUAUUACAGCAAUCCACGGAAUUACUUGCCUAUGAAAUUUCACUUGAUCCUAUGUUUCGGAAAUUUGUUCGUAAUAGUUAUAUGCGAAAUGGACUUUUGAUUACUUCAGGUCCGUUGAAAGACGUACCUAGUAACAAUGAGUGUUGGUCUUACUGUUUUUGGAAUAUACCAAUCCAAAAAGCAUUCAAUAUAGGUGCCGAGUUUGCUCGAAUUCUAUACCAUAGUAAUCAAAAAUUGAUAAAUUUAACGUUUCAAUUACGUGACGAAGAAAAGUUUUUGGAAACACUUAAAAAUAACAUUGUGAGUGAUAAUCCAAGACGGUUCGACCUAGAAACUUCACUAGCUUCAAAUAGCCAUGUCCAGUGGAAUAAAUAUCGAAUAGAUGCUGUACAUAAAGCAUAUAAUGAUAUUUUACGACCAAAUAUUGAAUCAUGGAUAAUAGCAAAACUCAAAGUCAAUGCCGAACAAUGUAUAAUGGAGCAAUGUAUGCUCAAUUUAGAAAGGAAGAUUGAUGUAAAGCCAUUUAGAGCGUCAGACAUGCGUAGAAGUGCAAUACCUCGCGUUUUUGCAUUAUCAUUUGGAGCCGGUGGAAGGGAUAAUGAUACUUGUUGUGUGUACAUCAAUGAAUAUGGUAAAAAGAUACAUGAAUGGUUCUGGCCUAUGCUCAAGGAUUUAAACUCAAAUGAAGGAAAUGAAUUCCUGAAUGCUUUAGAAGAACACAACCCUCAUAUUAUCGUCGUACGGUGCUAUGAUUUUAAAACGAAAUUUUUACUUCAGACCGUUAAGACUUUUGUACGUUAUCACAACGAGAGAAUAAAUAAUUCAUCUGAAAAAGCUACCGUAACAGUUAUUGAUGAUAAGGUUGCAAUAGAGUAUACCGCGUCAGAAAUAGCGAAAAAGGAGUACCCAAAGUCGGUGGAAUUAUCUCGAUAUUGUACAUCUUUAGCUAGAAUGGUACAAAAUCCAUUGAUGGAACAUCUUAGGCUUGGAGACAAAAUAAUGUCUAUUAAGUUUCAUCCUCUACAAUCCUUUUUACCCGAAGAAAAACUUAAGGAAGCGUUAGAUCGGGCAUUCAUAAAUGUAGUUAACGAGGUGGGAGUUGAUAUCAACGAUAUAUUACACGAUGAGUUUAAUGAGCCAAAACAGAGGGCUUUACAUUAUAUUUGUGGAUUUGGGCCUCGAAAGUCCAUCUAUUUAAAGCAAUUAAUAUUCGGCGAGAAUUACAAACCGCAGUUUGAACCAUUUAUCGAUAGUCGAUCUAUGUUGAAAGAUAUUCUGUCCGAACCAAAAGUCUUCCAAAAUUGUGCUGGAUUUCUAAGGAUACGUCCUGAUCCUAAUGACCCAUUAGAUGACAGUCGUAUGGAAUCAUUAGACGACAGUCGUAUCCAUCCCGAUUAUUAUGAUUUGGCACGCAAAUACUCUAGAAAUACUCCUGACAUGAAUGAUGCAAUUUCUAAUCAUAGGUAUUUCUUAAUGCAGUUAAUCAAAAGAGAAAAUAGGAAUCCUUUUGGGGAUAGGCGACGGGAUUACGAGUUGCCAACAGUUGAUCAAGUUUUCGAAAUGGUUACUAAAGAAACAAAAGAUAGUUUAUACCCAGGUCUCAUUGUACCGGUAGUUGUCAGGUCCGUUACAACUGGUGCUUUAAGAGUUCGUCUUAGAAACUCGGGGUUCGAAUGUAACAUUGGUUGGAAUUAUAUAGAUAAGAAUAAUAAUAUUGAAGAAGGUGAUACAUUCGACGCUUUAGUGAAGUCAAUAAAUAAGGAAGAUUUUACUAUCAUAUUGAGUUGUAAACCAAGGGACUUGGACACAGGAAAUCAUAGAUCCUUCCGUAAUGAAAAGUUUGAAGAAUUCAUUGAUAGAGAAGCCAAAGAGAAUUAUCAACCUCCAGUAAAAGUUAAGAAAAUCAAUCAGUAUGUUUCGAAACCUAAGCCGAAACCACCACGACACAUUUCUCAUUCUUGCUUUGAAAGAGUAUCCGCUUCAGAAGCCGAAGAAAAGUUAUCUACUCAACCAAAUGGAUUCUACAUAAUUCGACCAAAGACUGAUAAUCCAGACAAACUUUCAAUAACUUGGAAGAUUUAUGAUAACGUUUUUCGUCAUUUUGAUAUUAUUGAAAUUGGAUUGGAACCUGGUCAAGAAGUUGGUCGCAGAUUAUUUGUGGAAGGCGAACAAAAGGAAUAUGAAGCCUUGGAAGAAUUAUUAGUCACGUAUAUUGAUGAUACAAAUGAUUUUAUUGAUAAGUUGAUAAGUCAUCAAAAGUUUAAACCAACAGAGCGACAGUUGGAUGAAUAUUUAGAUAUUUGUCUUCGAAAUAAUCCGAAAUAUACUGCAUAUGGAUUUUACAUGGAUAAUGCUAACCCUGGUUGUUUUUUUUACGGGUACAAAUUUAGACCAGGAGCUCAUAUGUCGAAGAUGCGGGGAAUAUUCAGACCUUAUGGUUACCGUGUUGAAGAAUUCCGCUUCCACAGUCUCGAUGAAGUUGUGAACGGGAUGAAACAAAAAAUCUUAGAACGAUACACUAAUCGCAAACGCUAA